AUGCCUGAUGGUCAACCUGUGCUUGGCUGUGCACAACCGAGCUGUUUUGGAUGGGCUGAAGGUGGACAAAUGAUAGCAGGGCAUUUCUACAGGAUCAAUGGAAGGCGACGGUUUUUUCGAGGAAUGAAGACCUGGCAUGUGGCCACGUCCCGCAUGUCAAUUCCACAUCAGGCAAAUACAUUGGAAUGCGAGGAGACUUUCCGGUCAGAAACAUGUGUCAGUGACAACCAAUGGGUAGGCGGAAUUGCUCCGCUAAUGAAUGUAUCGACUGCCCAGACAUUCCUGCAAUGCUGUACAUUUGAACCACUGCGACUGUCAGAGGAUCGAGGCUUGGCUGUCGUGAAAUCUGGACAAAUCGUCAUUGGAGGAGAGGUAAAUCAUAUGUGA